UGGCGCGUCAUCACCUAGCGCCCCCGCCAGGACGUGCGAGAAGCGACGGCGCAGCACGGAGCGACGCAGCCCCGGCUCCCCUUUCCCCCUUGCUGGGCGCGAGGUGUCUAUGGGGCACCCGCUGCUGCCGCCGCUACCGCCACCGCCACCGCCGCUGGUUGCUGUCUCUAUGGCGAGGAGGAGGAGGAGGAGCGCGAGCUCAGCGACACAAGUACAAAAAUAAAGGAUACAGUAUUUUAUGAAACAAACAAAUCUUCAAUCAAGUAUAACAUUUUGAUGCUUGGCAUCUAGACUUCUUGUGCCCUCACUAUGCCAGCAGCAACUGUAGAUCAUAGCCAAAGAAUUUGUGAAGUUUGGGCUUGCAACCUGGAUGAAGAGAUGAAGAAAAUUCGUCAAGUUAUCCGAAAAUACAAUUAUGUUGCUAUGGAUACCGAGUUUCCAGGUGUGGUUGCAAGACCUAUUGGAGAAUUCAGGAGCAAUGCUGACUAUCAGUACCAACUAUUGCGAUGUAAUGUAGACUUGUUAAAGAUAAUUCAGCUAGGACUGACAUUUAUGAAUGAGCAAGGAGAAUACCCUCCAGGAACUUCAACUUGGCAGUUUAAUUUUAAAUUUAAUUUGACGGAGGACAUGUAUGCCCAGGACUCUAUAGAGCUACUAACAACAUCUGGCAUCCAGUUUAAGAAACAUGAGGAGGAAGGAAUUGAGACCCAGUACUUCGCGGAACUUCUUAUGACAUCGGGAGUGGUCCUCUGUGAAGGGGUCAAAUGGUUAUCAUUUCAUAGUGGUUAUGACUUUGGCUAUUUAAUCAAAAUCCUGACCAACUCUAACUUGCCUGAAGAAGAACUUGACUUCUUUGAGAUCCUUCGAUUAUUUUUUCCUGUCAUAUAUGAUGUGAAGUACCUCAUGAAGAGCUGCAAAAAUCUCAAAGGUGGUUUACAGGAAGUUGCUGAACAGUUAGAGCUGGAACGGAUAGGACCACAGCAUCAAGCAGGAUCUGAUUCAUUGCUCACAGGAAUGGCCUUUUUCAAAAUGAGAGAAAUGUUCUUUGAAGAUCAUAUUGAUGAUGCCAAAUAUUGUGGUCAUUUGUAUGGCCUUGGUUCUGGUUCAUCCUAUGUACAGAAUGGCACAGGGAAUGCAUAUGAAGAGGAAGCCAACAAGCAGUCAUGACAUGAAAUAGUCCUUUUAUUUUUAUUUGAGCUACACACAAGCUUGGAUAUAGGUUUUAUCUCUGGUUGAAUCCCUUGAACGAUAGAUGAUACUAUUUUUUUUUUCUUUCAUAGCCCAUUUUAUUUUCUGCCUUCCAGUACUAGUAUGACCAUUCCUAUCUCAGAUCUUAAUAACUAGAAAAGCAUUCAGGUUAAAUUUGGCCUUAAUAUACUUGUUAGCAGGCAUGUGUGACAGAGAGUGGGGAAAGCUGCAUCAUAUGGAGUAUUUUGAUAAACUUUACCUGCUUGGGCUUGGUUUGUUUUUCCCCCUUCGUAAAUUAACUAGCACUGACUGUAAUUUAUUUCCCUGUUUCAUGUCUCCCUUCCAUUCUACAGGAGUUUUAGCUAUUUUGAGAUUGUGGACCAUCAAUUUUGCACUUUAGAGAGUGAUUCUGACUCAAAUCCUCUGUUUUAUCAGAAAUUUUGGCUUUUCUUGCUCUUAGCUGGAAAAAUGACCAUCUGCCAAUCUUAUACAGUAUUUACUUGUUUUUGACCCAUGGAAAUAGCACACGCAUUGUGCAAACGGUUGAUUCAGCAAGACUACAAAAAAAAAAAAAAAAAAAAAAAAAAAAAAAAAAAAAACUGGGGGGGGUUUAUAAAUUGUGUUUUUUUACGUAGUGUUUCAUCUUCCAAGCACAUCUAGUGUCUGUCAGUGUCUCAUUGGCAUGUGUAGGCUGCUCUGACCGAAGAAUUUUUCAAACCAGCUUUACACCCUUCAGGAACAAUCCCUUGUGAUUGGAUAUUUAGUGUCUGCCAGGAAACUGGUAUCCAAGAUAUUGAAGCUGCAGUUAUUUUAUGAUAGCACACUUCCCUUUGAUCUGCUUCUUUUUAUUCUGUCACUGUUUACCCUGUUUUUAAUUUUUAAAAAAUUGUAUAGCCAUGCUUAACGACACUCUUACUUUGUUGAUUCCACAAAUCAGUUUCUUUAAAGUCCAAAGAUAGCAAGUCUUUAGGUAUAUUUUGUACCAGAUUAAAUUAGAAGAAGAAAAAAUUGUGCUUUCAUAGUUGUUACAAAGAUGAAUAAUGCAGAGAUUUGGUGCACAACAACAAAAUACAAAAAUAUAUUCUAUAUAUAAAGUCAUAUAUAUACAUACAUACAUACGUACAUAUAUAUGUACGUAUGUAUGUAUGUAUAUAUAUGGCUAUAUAUAGCUAAUAAAAUGACCUGAGGAGUGUAAUGCUUGUUUAUUUUUUUGUGUAUAUCUUUGCAAUCUAUUUUAUAUAUAUUGACAAGAGAGACUGUGAAAUAUUUAGCCAUGCAGAAUAUGUGACCAGACCAGAGCAUGUGUAGGAAGACAUUUUGGUAAUCAUUAACUCUGCCCUGAAAUGAUAGACUACAAGUUACGAUGUGUGUUAUCUACAUUUCAAUCAGUAAUACUAGCAAAUCUCCACAUGUUAGCCACAUUGGUUUGUUUCCUUUGUACAUUCUUUAUUCAUGAUAUUAAAAUGCUGUAACUGGGUGGUCCUUUUUAAACAAAACGUUAUUUGCAAAACAGAGGGUAUUAUUUGUUUUUAAAGCUUUUGUAAAUAAAGGCUUCGGAAAUGUUUUCUUAUA